GUUACACUGUGCUGCAGGACCUGGCUAUGGAAGGCAAUUCCAGUGCUGCACCAUUCUCUCCUUCACCUCAUUUUACUGUUGCUGACCUGACCGUUGUUGUGGUGUAUUUCGUUUUAAACUUGGCAGUGGGCAUAUGGUCUUCCUGCAAGGUCAAUAGGAACACACUGAGCGGUUACUUCCUGGCAGGGCGAGAUGUCGCUUGGUGGCCGAUCGGAGCGUCUCUCUUUGCCAGCAGUGAAGGAUCUGGCCUUUUCAUUGGGCUGGCUGGCUCUGGGGCUGCAGGGGGGAUAGCUGUGGCUGGCUUCGAGUGGAACGCCACCUACGUGCUUCUGGCGUUGGCUUGGGUGUUUGUUCCUGUCUACAUCUCUUCUGGGAUUGUCACCAUGCCAGAGUAUCUCCAGAGGCGAUUUGGUGGAGAGAGAAUCCGAGUGUAUCUUUCAGUCCUGUCGCUCUUGCUGUCUGUUUUCACUAAGAUAUCUACAGAUCUGUAUUCAGGAGCCCUUUUUGUUCAAGUCUGCCUGGGAUGGAACCUCUAUCUCUCUACUGUCUUGAUGCUGGCCAUCACUGCGGUUUACACAAUUGCAGGUGGUUUGGCUGCUGUCAUCUAUACCGAUACUCUACAAACCUUCAUCAUGAUAGUUGGAGCCAUCAUUUUAGCAGUGAUAGCUUUUAACAAAAUCGGUGGCUACCACAACCUGGAAGAGGCCUACUUAAAUGCCAUUCCAUCCAUGAUUAUCCCCAACACCACUUGCCACCUGCCCAGGUCUGAUGCCAUGCACCUUUUCCAGGAUGCUCACUCUGAAGACUUGCCCUGGACCGGAAUGACGUUUGGCCUCUCAGUUCUAGCCAUGUGGUAUUGGUGCACAGACCAGGUCAUUGUCCAAAGAUCUCUGUCUGCAAAAGAUCUGAACCACGCCAAGGCUGGAUCUAUUCUCGCCAGCUAUUUAAAAAUGCUGCCAAUGAUUGUCAUCAUCAUUCCCGGAAUGAUUAGCCGGAUCCUAUAUCCAGAUGCUGUUGGCUGCGUGGACCCAGAUGAAUGUGCUCGAGUGUGCGGGGCCACGGUGGGCUGCUCCAACAUCGCUUACCCGAAGCUGGUGAUUGAACUGAUGCCUAGUGGUCUGCGUGGGUUAAUGGUCGCGGUUAUGAUGGCUGCUCUGAUGUCAUCGCUGACCUCAAUUUUCAACAGCAGCAGCACCCUCUUCACCAUGGAUAUCUGGAGGAGGAUCCGGCGGGAGGCCAGUGAGAAGGAGCUGCUUCUGAUUGGAAGGGCAGUCACAGUUGUCUUGGUGGUUGUGAGCGUGGUCUGGAUUCCAAUCCUGCAGAGCUCCAACAGUGGUCAACUCUACAUCUACAUCCAGUCUGUUACCAGCUACCUUGCACCGCCUGUCACGGCUGUUUUUCUGCUGGCUAUUUUCUGGAAGCGAGCCAACGAACAGGGAGCUUUCUGGGGCCUGAUGGUGGGACUGGCUGUGGGCCUGAGCCGGAUGACCUUGGAGUUUGCACACCCCAGACCACGCUGUGGCAUCUCAGAUGAGCGCCCUUUUCUUGUGAAAGAUAUCCACUACCUUCACUUUGCAGCCAUCCUUUGCCUGCUGACUGCUGCUGUGGUGGUUGGAAUCAGCUUGCGGACCAGGCCUCCCGCAGAGUCGCAGGUUGAGAAUAUGACGUGGUGGACACUUCAUCCGGAGCAACCCCUGCCUGCUCCUCCAGUUUCGGUGCCCAGAUCAUUACCUGAGAAUGGCUUCUCUGAGAAAGCAAAAGAGGAGUCCCAGGAAGGGCACAGCUGGGCAUGCUGCUGCGGCCCCCAAGUUAUGAAGUCAGAAAUACCCGCCCUGAAGGCCUUAAAGGACCGUACAGCAUCUCCUUUCUGGGCUCGGAUCUGCAAUGUUAGUGCCGUUCUUCUGCUCUGUGUCAACAUUUUUUUCUAUGCUUACUUUGCUUAAGGAUAUCAUCAGAGAGUUGGGUACAAACAAGAAAAUUGGGGUGGGAGAAAGAAUUUCCCCCUGAUAUUUGUGUGUGUGUGUGUGUGUUUAAUAAUCUGUUUCAACAGCUGAGGGGCCUUUUUGUGUAAAUUCAGGAUGUGAUUUGACUGUGGAUAUGAUGGAUCUGUGCAUAGCAUAUAGCAAAACUUAGUCUCUCUAUACAAGACAUCUUACACAGGGACGCUCAAGUGACUUACUUUCUGUGUGGUCUUGUGUACACUCUUAUGGACAGUGUACUCUGUCUCUCUAGCAGUGCAUGUGUAUCAACAACGGGAGAACAAGUGUAAGAUCUUCCACUUGAGCAUCCCCGUGUAAGAUGUCUUGUGUAGAGAGAGACUUACUCUGUAAUCAUGAGGACUGUAAACUUUUUUUAAAAAACUGAAAACUGGGAGAUUCAUUUGUUCCAACCAGCAGGUUAUUUCCCCUUUUGCCCAUGCUCCGACUGUUCCCAAAGGUCUCUGGAACAGCUCUGAUUUGCAUCUUCUCUGAUUACCUUCUUUCCCAUUCCGCUCCUUUCCAGCUCCUUGUAUGAAAUCUUGCCAACUGCUUGCCUCCAUUAAGGGCUUUGUUUUUAUGAAAUGGAAGCUGACUGUUGAAGAGCAUUUCUGGUGGUUGAUCAGUUCCAUGGCAUUACAGGAGGCAGGCUGUUGGGCCCUCCUGUGUUCUGUUAGCACAAACUGUCCUCCAGUACAAGACCACGUACUCAGCAUCCUAUCAAGUGUAUCUCAUUCAGGAAAGCCAUUGAACUGCUGUGACUAUUGCCAACAACUAGCUGUUGGUUGUCACUAAUGCUUUAUUCAGCCUGAUUAAUGACCUUCUGCAGCCAAGCACUGAUUGCUACCUCAUGUUGGCAAUGUGAGGUUUCCUAGGCCAACAACUACUAUGGAGCAUUAAAACUGCUUUGCAAAUGAAAAGUCAAGGGCA